GCGAUUUAGUGCAUCUUUGUAGAAACAAGCCAGGGCUAUGCCUCUUGAAAACUCUCAAACACAAAGUGCAGCAGUGUAUGGUGCUGAUCAAUCCAAUUAUGGCUAUGAUACCUCUCAAACAUAUUAUCAGGAAACUGCGCCAUCACAAAUGCAGCCUAGUGUUCCCAGCAGUCCAUAUGGUGGAAAUUAUCAACCUCCCUCAAGUUCUCCUUAUGGAGCAUACGGAACUCCUGCUCCCUAUCAGCCCCCAAACAUAUUCCUUCCAUCACAGACACCUUCCCAGCCAAAUUUUGCUGCACCUCCCGUUACUGCGCCUGUUGCGAGGCCCUUUAUUCCCACAACUCCUGCUAUGCUGAAAAAUGCAGGGCAAUAUCAGCAGCCCACAUUGGGUUCUCAGUUGUAUCCUGGAACUGCUAACCCUACUUGUAGUUUGUACCAUAUGGGAAUGUUCCAGCUGCCCCUAUUACAUCACAACCAGGCUCAGUUCCUGGCCAUACAUUGCCACAUGUUGUAGCUCCCACCCCAUCCCUGAAGGGAUUUAUGCCAGUUAAUUCAGCGGUUGUUCAAAGAUCUGGUAUGGGUUCAAUGCAACCACACAGUCCCACUCAGGCAGCAUCAGUGCAACCCACCAUUACACCUGCAGCUCCACCACCUACCGUACAGACAGUUGAUACUUCAAAUGUGCCAGUGCACCAAAAAUCUGUCAUUGCAACAUUGACAAGACUUUUCAAUGAGACAUCAGAAGCACUGGGAGGUUCACGUGCAAAUCUAGCAAAGAAGCGUGAAAUAGAAGACAAUUCAAGGAAAUUGGGUACCUUGUUUGCAAAACUCAACAGUGGGGACAUAUCGAAAAAUGCUUCCGAUAAGCUUGUUCAGCUCUGCCAGGCUUUGGAUGGUGGCGAUUUCAGUACUGCUCUUCAAAUCCAGGUACUACUUCCGACUAGUGAGUGGGAUGAGUGCAACUUCUGGCUAGCUACAGUAAAGCGAAUGAUCAAGACAAGGCAGAAUGUCAGAAUAAAUUAACGAAGGCACGGGGAAUCGUUCUAAGAUCUGUUUCCUGGAUUGGAAUUUUUUCACCUGUGUGGGUAUCUUCUCGGAGAAAUAAUCUUUUCUUCAAUGUACACAAGACUGGCUUCUAUAGAUUGCAGCUGCAGGAAUUUGGUUCUUCACAAUAUAUUGACUGGUUUUCAGUUAAAAGCUAUUUUUGGAAGCUGUUAGUGGAGAUAGUUUUCAUUACAUAAUGAACUGUGGAUGGUUGUUUUUUUUAUUAAUACUUGUAGUGUUGACAAAUAGUGUUUUUUUUUUUCUUGAAAUUGAAAGUUCAUAGAUGGUUUACUUUCUCGUUUUGGCUGUUCAAAAGUCUUAGUGAGCUGCUUUAAGCUGUUUUCUGUUGUCAUAUUACUCAAAUUUUUUUCUCUCUUUUGGCACAUAAACUGUACCAGCCUUGUGAUUUUAUCAUGAAUAUGAACGCAAAUAUUUGAAUAAUAUAGCAUGAUUCGUUGAAA